UUCCACCAAGAAAAGAAAAAUACCAAAUUGUCUCGACCACAGCAGAAAAAAUCCGUCUUUAUUACUGCUCUCAUCUGCAUCACCACAGAUCUCGGAGAUGAUUUCCUUGCAGAAGAUGUAGAUCUAGUGGCAACGUGGGCUCAGCAUUCGCCACGCGAUACCAUUGAACAAACAUCUUUAACAUGGCGGGCUGGUUCUCGACAACUUGCAAUCUCAAUGGGCCCGUAUUCAAUCGACCAUGUAUCUCAACACGAGGCCGUUUUCCAAAUCCGGACCCAGAAUAUCCCGCAAGAUAUACUUGGGGUUAACACUACACCAUUGGUGAUAUCGGGUUGCAGUGCUCCCUUCAAAUGGCAAUCGGAGCCUGCCGAGAAAUUGAUUCAACGAGAAUUCAAGAUCACAAACAACAAAUCCAUUCCAUCUCUUAAAAUAUGGGAGGAGACCGGUAAUAGCAUUGCUCGACAUAUCUGGGAUGCGGCACUUGCAUCGAUCAUUUUGCUCAAUCAAUCUAUAAGCGGCACUGGCACUGCCAUUCCCAUUCUGGAUCAACUGCUCAAGCCACGCACCUCCCCCCUUCAGGCAGUGGAAUUGGGGGCUGGGUGUGGUAUUGUUGGCAUUGCGCUGGCAACCAUGCUUGACCACUGCAACGUGGUCCUCACCGAUCUCCCAGAGGUUGAGAAGAUUGUAAUGCUCAACCUGGAGGAAGCCCAUCUCCAACCAUCUUCGUCGGUCGAAUAUAAAAAUCUGGACUGGGAUGAGCCACCCCCAGACCUCUGCAGUCGACCUAUCGAUUUGAUUCUUGUUUCCGACUGUACCUACAAUGCAGACAGCUUGCCCACAUUAGUUUCAGUUCUGGACCGAUUGGUCCGGACUUCCCCGGACGCGAUGGUUCUAGUGGCCCUGAAGCGACGGCACGAGAGCGAAGCCAUCUUCUUCGAUUUGAUGAAAUCUGCGGCCUUUGUUGCCCAACCGACGACCGUGCCGCUACCGUCUCAACAUGAACAAAACGAUACAAUCGAGUUGUACUGUUACCGUCGUGAAAUUAGCGACGUGUAA